UUGAAAAUUGUUUUUAUUUACAUUAUGAUUCCAAAAAUGUAUUAAAUUUAUUUAAUUAAUCCAAUUGAUUGCAUUUGAACUAAACAAAUAAAAAUGUCUAUACAUUCUGCCAGCUUGGGUGAACAAAUUGAAGACUACGAAGUCUUGCAAUUAUUGGGAAAAGGAGGCUUUGCCAGCGUCUACAAAGCGAGAUGUCUAAAAACAAAUACCAUGGUUGCUAUAAAAAUGAUCGACAAAAAGCUCAUUCAAGGUGCCGGAAUGACCAACCGCGUCCGUCAAGAAGUCGAAAUCCACUCACGACUGAAGCACCCAUCUAUCCUGGAACUGUACACCUUCUUUCAAGACCAAAAUUAUGUCUAUCUCGUCCUGGAAUUGGCGCACAACGGGGAACUGCAUCGCUAUCUGAAGCAAAGUAUGCGUCCCAUGAACGAAUCCGAGGCUGCCAGCAUCAUGAGACAGGUUAUAUCAGGCCUGCAGUAUCUGCACUCCCACCAGAUCCUCCACCGUGACAUCUCGCUGUCCAAUCUUCUUCUAACCAAAGAAAUGCAUGUGAAAAUUGGCGAUUUUGGUUUGGCCACACAACUUAAGACUCCCCUUGAGAAACACAUGACAAUGUGUGGAACUCCAAACUACAUUUCUCCCGAAGUUGUGUCCAGACUGUCUCAUGGCCUGCCAGCGGAUGUGUGGGGCUUGGGCUGCAUGUUCUAUACGCUGCUCGUGGGACGACCGCCUUUCGAUACCGAUGCAGUGCAAUCCACUCUAACAAAAGUCGUCAUGUCCGACUUCGACAUGCCCGAUCAUCUUUCCUACGAAGCCAAGGAUUUGAUUGACAAGUUCUUGCGGAAGAAUCCCAAUGAACGCAUCUCUCUGGAACAAGUCCUCCGACACCCAUUUAUGACGAAGCAUGCACUUGCUGAGAACAAGAGUUACAACAGCACCGUGUCCUCCGUGGACAGUGGAAUCAUAACAUUCGCAAGUGGUUCCUCUGGAAAUUCGAGACAACUGAUGCGUUCAAGGUCGAACGAGAAGUUCACACCGACUGCUCUGGGACAAAUUAAGGAAAAUCAUCCCUACAUUCCCUCGAACUACUCAUCGUUCCAGAAUCAGAAGCCACAGCAGUUCGAUAGCAUGGAAACCGAUGGAAGUCGAUGGCCACCCCUCCAACAGGAGUCCCCAACAUAUCCUCAACAUUUCAACCAAUUUUCCCAGAAACCAGUGGAUCCUGGCGGUGGGUACUUUUGUAAUGAAAACCAACCGCCCGCUCUGCAUUACGGCCAACUCGAUUGCUUGCCACCGAAAUCCUUCCGAGCUCCAUCGCCUACACCACCGAUGCUACCCGUUGUCGUAGCUGCAAAAGUCGAAGAAAAAAUAAGCGUUCCUCCGCUCAAUACCGAGAGACUCCUCCCCACGAGGCACAAAACCAAGAAUGCCAUCAUGAGCAUCCUCAAAAGCGGCGAAGUUGUAAUCGAAUUCGUGAAGUACAAGAGUCGAGUGCAGGAAGACCGAAUCACUGAUAUUUGCUGGGUUUCUAAGGAUGGCCAUAGAGUGGUUAUCUUUCAACCAGAUCCUGCAAGAGGCCUUCAAAUCCGUGACGAACCGCCGGAGGCUCCCACAAGUGCUGAUGGGAUCUUCAGCUAUGAAAAUCUACCAUCCAAGCACUGGAAGAAGUACAUUUACGCCUCUCGGUUUGUCAGCCUCGUCAAAGGUAAGACUCCAAAAAUAACUUACUACAGUUCGAUGGCAAAGUGCCAGCUGAUGGAGAGCAUGGUCGACUUUGAGGCUUUCUUCUACAACGGCGCCAAGAUCACCAAAUCGUCGAAUACUCUCAAGGUCGUCGAUCAGAAUGGACGAACACUGACCGAGUCGGUGAACAUGCUCCCAGUGGCUAUGCAAUGUCUACAUCAACACUUCGAGGAGUGUAUGAAGCAUUGCCAUGCGAUUUCAAAUGCCUUGCAGUUGGUCCAAGGCAAUGGGACGGUGUGCUUCCCUGCAAUUAUAGGAAAGCGGCCAGUGCAGCAGGUGCCAGGACAAGUUACAAGCCUGAGGGACAACACUAACUUUGCAUAUUCAACUCCAAAGUCGCAACAGGGUUCCUUUAACUUCUCAAUCAGUACACUGUCCUCGGUUCGAGGAGGAGAGUCGCACAGCCAUGCCUCCGCUGUCCAAUCGAAUAUUCCAAUUAAGAGGGUUAAUGUUCCAGGAAUUGGUAUCGCGACUGAGUUAUCCCAUGGAAUUGUACAAAUUCAAUACCACGACGGAUCGAACAUCUCGGUGAUUCCCCAAGAGCAAGGUGGUGGCAUAACCUUCACCCAAUCGUGUGGAACAUCCACACACUUCGCCCACCAUGACGAUCUGCCUCAUUUGGUGAGAGAGAAACUAAACGACUUGCCUCUGGUGAUGAAGCAUUUAAAUAAUGCCUCAGACGCACGAAGACUUCAGCGGGAUUUCCACCCUUCCACGCCUCAAACUGCGAAGCUACAGCAGCCUUCUCAUCUUCAACAAACAAAUCAUCAAAUGAAAUAUUUUAGAUAAAAUGUUUUUAUUUUCUUUUGUUAUUUCAUAUUUUCCUUAUUUUUAUUUAUAUAGAUAUAUAUUUUUUUCUCUCAAUAUUUCUGAUCUUAGCUUUUAUUAGUGUUAUUUUUAUGCGUCUUAUAAGUCUGUAUAUUAUUUAAAUGCAUUUUUUGAAUAAAAGUUAUUUUUUGUAAAAAUAGUUGUGAGUGAGACUGGGUUAAAAGAUAACUGUUUAUUGUUUAUAUGGAAAUU